GCUCGGAAAGCCCACCCGAACACGCCUUAUUUUUCUCGUCGGCUGGCUGAAUACCGGAACUGCCGUGGAACCUCGACGACUGAAUAGGGACACCUCUACCUGGAUUCUACCUUAUCUUACACGCGAUGCGUUUUCUUUGCCUCCAUGGUCACGGCACCAGUGCCUCGAUAUUCAAGUCACAAACGGUGGCCUUCAGGAACAAACUAGACAGCUCGUACCAGUUCGAGUUUGUCGACGCUCCCUUCCGCUGCUCGCCGGCACCAGGAGUCGACGUCUUCUUCGACAGCGGGAAUUACACCUGGUGGCCCCAAGCCACACCCCAGGCCAUCCGUGCGGCCCACCUCUGGCUGGACGACUACAUCGCCGAGCAUGGCCCGUACGACGGUGUCCUGGGCUUUUCCCAGGGCUGCUCGCUAGUCGGCAGCUACCUCUUGUACCACGCAAAGGAGAACCCUGGUGCUCCGCUGCCGUUCGACGUCGCCAUUUUCAUAUGCGGAGGCAUGCCCUUCUCUGCGCUCGAGGACCUCGGACUGCCCGUCUCCCAGAGGGCGCACGACAUCAGCGACCUCACGUCACAGAUGCUCAAGAACAAGGCUGCAGAGCUCAAGAUAUGGGCCGCCAACAUCGACAAGAUCAAGCCCGGGGUCGGCCUGUGGGACAACACGAAGGGUCUCCUGCACGACCCCAAGAAAAAGCCGAACCCUACCGACGUGUUCGGCCUCGACUACACAGCCUUCCCCCAGAACAUACGCAUAAACAUUCCCACGGUCCACAUCUCGGGAGGCAAGGACCCGAGGUGGCCUGCGAGUAUGCAGCUCGCAUUCUUCUGCAACAACAGGCUGAUGUACGACCAUGGAGGCGGCCACGAUGUGCCGAGGUCGACCGAGGUCUCCCUGAAUAUAGCGCAGCUGGUCAGGGAUGUAUGCGAGAAUGCCCAGCGAGUGAGGGCCUGAAGGGUGUUCCCGACAUGCAGAAACCUCGGGAGCGGGAUGCAUCGUUUCUAUUGUUUCCCGUCACCGUCCAUUCAUCUGCUCCCAACAGUUAUACGACAUAUUUCUUUAAUCUAAACCCUAUACGGCGGCCCUGGGGAAGGCUGACUCUUGUGCAACGCCCUCCUCCUCUUCCACUGUGCCACCGUCGGAACCCAGCUAGCUCGGUGCAACCUAUUUUUACUCUCCCGAGCUCCUUUGCAUCCCAGCUGGAAACCCGCCUCCCCUCUCUCUUCCGACGAACUCCGCUAAGCUGACAUGUUCUCCCGAGCGGAAAUAAAGCCAAGCAGCGCGGGGCGACCCUCUCGGCUCUGAUGGCGGUCAGAGCCCACGACGGCUCGGGUGCUAGUGCUUGGGCGGCAG